AUGGAGAUGGAGGGAACUCAGCUAUCGGCAGAAACUGCUCGCUACGCAAAGACCAAGCUUGAGGCUCUUGUACAUGCAAACUUGUCUCGAGUCACUCUUAGUCCAUUGCGUUUUGGGCUAUCAACACUGGCCAGCUUGGUUGCUGCCUAUCUGUUCAGCGUGGCCAUCUACCGCAUCUACUUCCACCCACUCAGCAAAUACCCCGGACCACUGCUUCUUAAGCUUACCAGCGUAGUCUGGACUUAUCACUUCGUCAAGGGCGACAUCAUCAAAUGGAAUGACCAACUGCACACGAAGUAUGGCGAGACGGUACGGCUCGGACCCGACCGUCUGAGCUUCAUCAACCCUAGAGCCUGGAAGGACAUCUACGGCCACAAGCACGGCAAGUAUCGACCCAAUGUCAAGAAUCUGGACCGCUUUGUGGGCAAAAUGACCAGCAAUGUUCAUCCCAUGGCCACUGAGCCAACCACGGCUGGCCAUGCGGCUCAGAAGAAGCAGUUCAAUCACGCCUUCAGCGAUCGCGCCUUGACGGAGCAAGAGAGCUUGAUUGGAAAGUACAUUGACAGACUCAUCGAGGUGCCCAAGAACGAUAUUGCCGCCAGCCCAGAUAAGAAGAUUGAGGUCGAUGUGGCAAAGCUGUACAACUUUACCACGUUUGACAUCAUGGGUGAUCUCACGUUCGGGGAGGAUCUGGGUCAACUGAAGACUGGAGUUGAAUCUUCGUGGGUGAAGGCUGUGUAUGUGUCGUUCAAGUUCUUGACCGCAAUGUCAGUCAUGAAAGCCUCUCCGCUUGGUGGGUUAUUGUACGCGGCCAUGGCACCGAAAAACGUCGUGGCAGACUGCACAAACCACAUCGAGAAUUCCAAUGCCCUAGUGGACAAGCGGCUGGAAAAAGGCAACAACGGACAUCCUGACAUCUUUGGCUUCAUUCUCCGGCAGCCAGGCAAUCCCAUGUCCCGCGCGCAGAUGAAAGCUAACGCGGGCAUGUUCAUGAUGUCCGGAACCGAGACUACUGCUACAACGCUCACGGCUAUCACGUGGCUGCUACUGAACCACCCAGACAAGAUGGAGAAGACGAUCCGAGAGAUUCGCGCUGUUCCUGGACAGUCGCAUUUGACAAGCGCCACCGUGAAGAAGCUAAAGUACAUGAAUGCCGUUAUCGAUGAAGCUAUGAGACUCUACCCCGCAGGUCAAACCGGGCUCGGCAGCCAGCGCGAGAUGGCGCCGGGUGGAAACCAAACCCAAGUAGCCAUGCCAAGCUGGACCGUCUUCAACUCCCCGCGCUAUUGGAAAGACCCGCUUCGCUUCGUCCCCGAGCGCUGGCUGCCCGAGGAAGCGGAAUUCGCCGCCUACCACGAAUACGACAACCACCUGGCGUGGGUCCCGUUCGGGACCGGCCCGCGCGCCUGCAUCGGACAGAACAUCGCGUUGCACGAGAUGCGCAGUAUCUUGUCGCGGUUCCUGUACGAGUUCGAUCUAGAGCUGUCGCCCGAGUCACGCGACUGGCACGAGAAGAAGACGGCGGGUAUUUGGGCCAAGCCGUCGUUGAAGGUGGGGUUGAGGAACGCGGAGUAG